AUGGAUCAUCCUUCCACCCCGACAGGUGGAUCUUCCACUUACCAAGAUCCCGCUGAGCUUUCUUCUAACCCAUCCUCAUCACAAGCUCAUUACAAUGACAUCUCGCUAUCUCGUUCGACUAAUCUGAACCUCCCACCUAUCAAUCAACGAAACAGCUCAGUGUCAUCUCUGAUGGACGCCGUCAUGGGACCUCCAUCGCAGUCUCAAAUACAAACACAAUCACCAUCUACACCUCAAACGCAAACAUAUGGACAUGGACAAGCACCCUUUCUACCGACUCCCAUAGCAUUGAAACCACACAAUAACCCGUUGACCGGAAAUAGUAGAAGAGAACCUAUGGGUCAUGGAUACGGAACUGGGACUGGGAUAUCGAGUGCGAACAAUGGGGCUGGAGGUGGUUUGGUUGGUGAUUCUGAUUGGGAUAUCUUGAGUGAUGUGACUACUAGAAUUAAUGAGGGUGCCGCUGGACAUGGAAAAGGCAAAGGUGAAAAUGAUGAAGCUGUUAAAGAAUUGCAGGAAAAGGUUGAUAAACGCCGCUCACAGCUCCCUCAUCUCGAAUCCCAACUUGCAGCAUUAGAAGCUCAGAUCAAAGCGACUGAAGAACGUUUGAAUAGAGCUGCAGGCGUCUCUGCACCUACUGGAACAUCGUCUACCUAG